ACGGAGAAAUCCCAUGGCCGGGCUAGCCCCGCCCCCGCACAUCCGGUGCCCCGGGGGAUGGAGAGAGGCAGCUUCGCUUAGCGGAAUGGCCGGGCGGACGGACCGGGCGCCGCUACUGGACUGGGCUGAGGGCACCGGGGUGAGUCCGGCUCCGGAGUCCGAGCAAGCGGAGAGGUGGGGCCGGGGUUACGGGGCCGGCUGGAGCCGGAGGCCCCCGGGAGAGCUCACCCCGCUGCCCCAGCUGGAGGAUGAUCAUAUCGCUGCCGUGUUCGUAGUCUCAUUCGAUCCCCGGAGCGGAAACAUUGUAGAAUGGUGUCGGCCCCACGACAUAGACCUGGAAGGGGUGGAGUUCAAGUCAAUGGCCAGUGGCUCUCACCGUGUCCAAUCUGAUUUCAUAUACUUCCGCAAAGGGGGCUUCUUCGGACUCGCCUGCUUCGCCAACAUGCCAGUCGAGAGUGAGUUGGAGCGGGGGGCCCGCAUGAAGUCCGUGGGGAUCCUGUCCCCCUCCUACACCCUCCUCUACCGCUACAUGCACUUCCUGGAGAACCAAGUGCGGCACCAGCUGGAGCUCCCCGGCCACUACACCCCGUUAGAGGCUUUCUACGAAGACAAGAAGGGGGUCCUGCCCGUGGCCCCCCAAACCUGCCAGCCCACCUCCCAUUGGCUGCCUUCUGUACACAAGCACCUGUACCCCGAGAUGAAGAUCACCCACCCCGCCGGCUGCAUGUCCCAGUUCAUCAAGUUCUUCGGGGAGCAGAUCUUCGUCCUGUGGAAGUUCGCGCUGCUGCGGAAGCGCAUCCUCAUAUUCUCCCCCCCGCCCGUCGGAGUCGUCUGCUAUCGAGUGUAUUGCUGUUGCUGCCUGGCCAAUGUCACCCUCCCCGGAAUCGGAGCGACAGCCCCGGAGUCCAAACCUUUCUUCUACGUCAGUGUGGCCGAUAUCCAGACUCUCGAUGCAGAAGGUUCCUACGUGGCCUGCACCACUGAAAAGAUCUUCGAGCAGAAGCAGGAUCUCUAUGAUGUGUAUGUGGACAACCAAAAUGUGAAAACCCACCGAGAGCACCUACAGCCGCUGUUGCGGGUCAACAGCUCAGAUAAAGAGAAGUACCGGCGACUCAAUGACCAGAGGCAGCUCCUGAUGUACACCCAGGAAGUGGAUGGAGACUGCAAUUCCUGUGAAGAGGAUUUAUUUAUUCUGUUCUUCAUGGAACAGAACAACCGGAUAUUCCAGACUCUGCUAGAAGUGGCCUCGAGCCAGGACAAGACUCUGACGGCUGAACACGCCCGGAGUAUGGGGCUCGACCCCCAGGGGGACCGCGGCUUUCUCAUGGACCUGCUGGAAGUCUAUGGCUUCGACCUGAUGCUGGUUAUUGACAACCCCUGCUGCCCCUGACUCGCCGGCUCCCCCUAGUGGGAUACUACUGACUCACCCCGGGGAGGAUCACUCCGACCAAAUCUUCCCUGGAACCCUUACAAACCUUACAAAAGAUCCCCAGAAUAGGGGGGGGGGACAGUUCUCCAGAUGUUGCAUGACUACAACUCCCAGAAUCCCCUGCCAGGAAGCUUGUAGUGGUGCAUAAGCUGGAGUGCCAAGGCCUAGGGUGGUCCAAUGAGCUGUAGGCGGAAUCACAUGACCUUAUUUGUAGGGCGGAGCUGCUGUCAGGGAUUCCUCUCUAUAUAGGAAGGGGGGGGGGGGGGCUGUAUAUCUAGAUUAUUAUUAAAAUGAGGGGUCCGCUAUUUUUGGGAGAUGCUAUUUUGGAUGCAGAGCCGGGGGCGCUGUUUGGUUGCAGCCUAUGGAUAUAUGUGCCCCAAUCACACUGUGGUUAUAAGGGGUACUGCAAGCGAUUAACAUUGUCUUUUUCCCUAUAUCAUCUCCCAGGAAUGACCGGCCAUUACAGCAUCUCUCUUAGGGCCCGAUGUCAGGGAGUCCAGUUGGGGGGACCCCAGAAAGGGGAGGGUCUUGGAGGAUUGUGGGCCAGCCCCAUUUUCCUUGGGUGACAGGGGGGUCCGGACAAAGCCCCUGCUAACUACGUAGUAUGGGUCCCCCCUACUUUCUGAUGGCAGCUCCCUGGAUAAAACACCCAAUCCUAUUUAGCCAAUUUGAGAAUGUGGAUUGGCCCAAUCAGAAAAGGCUUUAGCCAAACCCAUACCGGCGGAUGCUCCGCCCCCUGCUAACGGACCAAGGACUGAGACACUGGAACGAUAACGACUGAACUGCUGUUAAUUUAUAUGUUUCAUUGAAAUGCUUUGUGUUGAAUGGAGACGAAAGGGUUCCGUGCACUGAGGGUGAAAGGUGAUUGGUUGGGGGGGGGGGGGGGGUUGUUUUUGGGGGGGAACGGCGUGUGGAGUAUUUAUCUGCCUGAUACUCAUCAUCCAAUGAGAGUGCUUAGACUGAUGCACAUGGAUUGGUGGGAGGGACCUGGGCCCUCUCCCUUUCUCAUUUCCCAGCAUCCUCCAGUCAUGCACAACAGGAAGUGAGGUGUGCAAAGGGCAAAUUGUCUAAUGAAUGUCUGUUGGUCCAGGUCCAAGGGGCCCCUUGCCUAGGGCCAAUUCCUUCUUUUAAGCCCCAGGGUCCCGGUGUUGCUUGACUAUGACUCCCAGCAUCGUUCAGCUUGUAAUCACUGGCUGCGGCAUGCUGGGAUUUGUAGUUCAGCAACAUCUGGGUUAGAAACAAGGGAGCUAAUGACCAAUAACAUCGCCAGUCUGUACUGUGCAUUAAAAGUAACUGCCCAAUGGGAAUACGUUCUAUGACUGUUUGAAUUCACACUCCUCUCGCAGAGGAUGCUGGGAAGUGAAGUCCUGUAGAACCACUGCUCUAAUUCCAAUGUACAUAGGCCUUGUGUGGAUACAUUAUUAACACAUAUACCAUGUCUUCGCUGUGGGGGGUGGGGGGAGGGGGUGAUAAUAUGUAUAUUUUGCAAGGGGGGGGGGUGUAAAAUUAAAGGGGAAGAUGUUUACUAAGCUCACGUUUGUACAGGAGAAUAACUGGUUGAAAGAAGCUUGGAUUAAAGGGUAAGUCAUUGAUGUUAUUCUUAAUUCAGUUUUCUUUCAUUGUGCACAAGAGACUUUAGGUGGAAGUUGCCCUUUAAUCCAAGCUGCCAGUGCCUAACAGGGGUAAUAAUGGGGUUACAGCAGCACAGGGGGGUAUAGAGGAGGAAUUGCACCUAUUGGGGGGGGGGGGUCUCUGACUGCUCUUUGCUGUGAACAAAAUAAAACUGGGUUUAUUAUCAAUU